AUGCGUUUUAACACGGCUGCCCUUGUGGCCUCUUUGUCCCUUGCGGGACCCGCCCACGCGAUCAACAUUAUUUCGUCCAAUGACGAUGGCUGGGCCGAGGUUAACAUUCGCGCCCUAUUUGAGUCCCUGGACUCUGCCGGGCACGUAACGGUGGUCUCAGCCCCCGCUGAAAACGAGAGUGGAACAGGUUCCGAUCAGAAGACCCCCACUGUACUCACGGAAGCCUGUGAAUUCAACAGUUGUCCGUCAGGCAGUCCCGCUAUUGGAUACAAUGCGUCGCAGCCUCGCCUGAAUUAUGUGAAUUCGUACCCCGCGACUUCUAUGAAGUACGGAAUCAACACUAUCGGCCCUGCCCACUUUGAUGGUGCCGCCCCCGACCUAGCCGUGACCGGACCUAACGUUGGCAACAACCUUGGCUUGGAGGCUUGGCUCUCUGGAACUGUGGGAGCAGCCACCUACGCUGCUAAGGCCGGAAUUCCUGCGAUCGCCUUCUCGGGCGCAACUGGCUCACAAACUGCGUGGAAUGCCUCCUCUACUUUCCCGCAUUACAGCCAGGUUUAUGCCGACCUGGCGGUGAACGUGACCGACACUCUGAUCGCCUCGGGCGUGCCUUACCUCCCCGACGACAUCUGGCUCAAUGUCAACUUCCCAUCUGUCUCGGACUCGGAAUGCACAAACCUGGACGACAUUAAAUUCGUUCUGUCUCGUAUUCAUAUCGCAGUGCCUCUGAUCACCGCUGAUGAUGUGACCACCUGCGGGAGCUCCCGUUUGCCUACCGAGUACAAGGUGGCUCUGACAUCUGGAUGUUACGCAAGUAUCUCCGUCGGUCUUGCAAGCAACAAGCUGGACGCCAACGCCACUAUGCAGGCGGUCGUUCUGAACAAGCUUAGUGGUAUUCUGAGCUGCCUUGAUUGA